AUGGCUGUCAAAUCCUUCUCCUUCAUCGUCCUUGGAGCCGGCGUCUUCGGUGCCUCUACAGCUUUGGCUCUUGUACAGAGCGAUCCUUCAAAAUCAAUUGUGCUUAUCGAUAGGAAGAUUCCCCAUAGGCAGGGUGCCUCGUGGGACUGGACUAAAGUGAUUCGAGCCGAUUACACAGACAUAGUUUAUGCCAGGCUUGCUCUCGAAGCUAAAGAUAUAUGGAGAAACAACCCUCUUUACAGUGAGAACUACCACGAAACUGGGUUAGUAUGGGUCGAUGAGUCUGGAUUCAGCAAAGCCGUCACGCAGAACUACAGUGUCCUUGGAGCUGAGGAGAAAUGGCAAAUGGUGUCUGUCAAAGACCUGAAAGCAAGCUACGGCGGCAUCUUUUCUGAAGCUGAAUUUGGAAAAUUCCAGAACAUAUACUUGAACGAGAGUAGCGGAUGGGUUGAGGCUGGUAAAGCUCUUACAGCUGUGAUUCAGGCAGCAGCAUCGGCAGGUGUACAGCUUAUCGAGUCGGAAGCCAGCAAUUUGAUGUUUGAUGAUGAGGGCCGUUGUGUUGGCGUCCAGAGCGUGGAUGGUCAGGUCUUCUCAGCAGAAAAAAUCAUUCUGGCAACCGGUGCUGAAACGGCAAAAAUGCUGGUAACAAGCGCCCCUGAUGUUCCGCAACUACACGCGGUCGGUCGGCUGUCAGCAGCAGGCCUUGUGACUGGCGUUCUCGACCUCGAUCCAGAUGAAGCAAUCCGCCACCAAGGGACCCCGGUUUUCUUACACGCUGGCGGAGAAGCCCAAGGUGAUUUACAGGACGCUUUUAUAGUAGCGAUCUACUAA